CGCGCCGGCGGCUUCGGGCGGAGUUUGGGGAGCAGCGUCGCGGUGUAGUCAGACGGCAGUGGUCCCGGGAGGCGACAGCUCGGGUCCGGGCUUCUCUCUGUUCCUCCGCCGCAUCCACCGCCGCGCCCCGGCCUCCCGCCAAUCCUCGAUGCAGAGCUGGGCGGCCGCGUGAUGGGGCUGCGGAGCGGCGCCCUGCGGCUCGCGGCGGCCGCUGCCUGCGCUGAGGUGCGUCGGUGCCCGGCCUCCCGCGCCCCUGCGCGCCUCGGCGUCUUCUGACUCGGCCGGCUCGCCCGUCGGUCCGCAGCGCGGCUGAGGAACCUUGAACACAACUUCAAGAGAAGAUUUGAUUUUUACUUCUGGACUGCAUAUAUCAGGCCAUCAGAAUGUCGGGAGCCUCCGUGAAGGUCGCUGUUCGAGUGAGGCCCUUCAAUUCUCGGGAGACCAGCAAGGAGUCCAAGUGCAUCAUUCAGAUGCAAGGCAACUCGACCAGUAUUAUUAACCCAAAGAACCCAAAGGAAGCACCAAAGUCCUUCAGCUUUGACUACUCCUACUGGUCUCACACCUCGCCUGAAGAUCCCUGUUUUGCAUCGCAGAAUCGUGUGUACAAUGACAUUGGAAAGGAAAUGCUCUUACAUGCCUUUGAAGGUUAUAAUGUCUGUAUCUUUGCCUAUGGGCAGACUGGUGCUGGGAAAUCCUACACGAUGAUGGGGAAACAAGAAGAGAGCCAAGCUGGAAUCAUCCCACAGUUGUGUGAAGAACUCUUUGAGAAGAUCAAUGACAAUUGUAAUGAAGAAAUGUCUUACUCUGUAGAGGUGAGCUACAUGGAAAUUUACUGUGAGAGAGUACGAGAUUUACUGAAUCCCAAAAACAAGGGUAAUUUGCGUGUGCGUGAACACCCGCUUCUUGGACCCUAUGUGGAGGAUCUGUCCAAGCUGGCGGUCACCUCCUACACUGACAUCGCUGACCUGAUGGAUGCUGGGAACAAAGCCAGGACUGUGGCAGCUACCAACAUGAAUGAGACAAGCAGCCGUUCUCACGCUGUGUUCACCAUUGUCUUUACCCAGAAGAAACAGGAUCCUGAGACGAACCUUUCUACUGAGAAGGUCAGUAAAAUCAGCUUGGUGGAUCUAGCAGGAAGUGAACGAGCUGAUUCAACUGGUGCCAAAGGAACUCGAUUAAAGGAAGGUGCAAAUAUUAAUAAGUCUCUUACAACUUUGGGCAAAGUCAUUUCGGCCUUGGCAGAGGUGAGUAAAAAGAAGAAGAAAACUGAUUUUAUUCCUUAUAGGGACUCUGUACUUACUUGGCUCCUUCGAGAAAAUCUCGGUGGCAACUCCCGAACUGCAAUGGUUGCUGCUCUGAGCCCAGCAGACAUCAACUACGAUGAAACUUUGAGCACACUGAGAUACGCAGAUCGUGCGAAACAAAUUAAAUGCAAUGCUGUUAUCAAUGAGGACCCGAAUGCCAAACUGGUUCGGGAGCUGAAGGAGGAAGUGACCCGACUGAAGGACCUUCUUCGUGCUCAGGGACUGGGAGAUAUUAUUGAUACAUCCAUGGGGUCCCUCACUUCAUCUCCAUCUUCAUGCUCACUUACUAGUCAGGUGGGCUUACCAUCUGUGACCAGUAUUCAGGAGAGGAUCAUGUCGACACCUGGAGGGGAGGAAGCCAUUGAGCGUCUGAAGGAGUCAGAGAAGAUCAUUGCUGAGCUGAAUGAAACCUGGGAAGAGAAACUUCGUAAAACAGAGGCCAUCAGAAUGGAGAGAGAAGCCUUGUUGGCUGAGAUGGGAGUUGCCAUACGGGAAGAUGGGGGGACACUUGGAGUUUUCUCACCUAAAAAGACUCCACAUCUUGUUAACCUCAAUGAAGACCCACUAAUGUCGGAGUGUUUGCUCUAUUACAUCAAGGAUGGAAUUACAAGGGUUGGCCAGGCAGAUGCUGAGCGGCGCCAGGACAUAGUGCUGAGUGGGGCCCACAUUAAAGAGGAGCAUUGUCUCUUUCGGAGUGAGAGGAGCAACACUGGUGAAGUUAUUGUGACCUUGGAGCCCUGUGAGCGCUCAGAAACGUACGUGAAUGGCAAGAGGGUGGCUCAUCCUGUUCAGCUGCGCUCAGGGAACCGUAUCAUCAUGGGUAAAAACCAUGUUUUUCGUUUUAACCACCCUGAACAAGCGCGAGCAGAGAGGGAGAAGACGCCCUCAGCUGAGACCCCCUCGGAGCCUGUGGACUGGACCUUUGCUCAGAGAGAACUUCUCGAAAAACAAGGAAUUGAUAUGAAACAGGAGAUGGAGAAGAGGCUUCAGGAAAUGGAGAUCCUUUACAAAAAGGAGAAGGAGGAGGCGGAUCUUCUUCUGGAGCAGCAGAGACUGGACGCGGAUUCUGAUAGCGGGGACGAUUCUGACAAGCGAUCCUGUGAAGAGAGCUGGAAACUGAUAACUUCUCUGAGAGAAAAGCUACCUCCCAGCAAGUUACAAACCAUUGUUAAAAAGUGUGGCCUCCCCAGCAGUGGGAAGAAACGAGAGCCAAUUAAAAUGUAUCAGAUCCCGCAAAGAAGGCGCCUGAGUAAAGAUUCCAAGUGGGUCACCAUCUCAGAUCUUAAGAUCCAGGCUGUUAAAGAGAUUUGCUAUGAGGUUGCCCUCAAUGACUUUAGGCACAGUCGGCAGGAGAUCGAAGCCUUGGCCAUUGUUAAGAUGAAAGAGCUUUGUGCCAUGUAUGGAAAGAAAGAUCCCAAUGAGCGAGACUCUUGGAGGGCUGUGGCCAGGGAUGUCUGGGACACUGUUGGGGUAGGGGAUGAGAAGAUUGAAGAUAUGAUGGUCACUGGGAAAGGUGGAACCGAUGUAGAUGACCUCAAGGUUCACAUAGACAAGCUGGAAGAUAUUUUGCAAGAAGUCAAAAAGCAAAAUAAUAUGAAAGAUGAAGAGAUCAAAGUCUUAAGAAAUAAAAUGCUCAAAAUGGAGAAAGUCUUGCCAUUGAUUGGAUCACAGGAACAGAAGAGUCAAGGACACCACAAGACAAAAGAGCCCCUGGUUGCUGGUGCUAACAGCCUCUCUGAUAAUGGUGUCAGUAAAGGAGAGAGUGGAGAACUUGGCAAAGAAGAGCGCGUUUCCCAGCUGAUGAACGGGGAUCCAGCUUUUAGACGUGGACGUCUACGUUGGAUGAGGCAAGAACAAAUUCGGUUUAAGAACCUGCAACAGCAAGAGAUAACAAAGCAGCUUCGUCGGCAGAAUGUACCCCACAGGUUCAUCCCUCCUGAGAACCGGAAGCCCCGCUUUCCCUUUAAGAGCAAUCCUAAACACAGAAACUCUUGGAGUCCUGGGACACAUAUUAUUAUAACAGAAGAUGAGGUUAUUGAGCUAAGAAUUCCAAAAGAUGAAGAAGGAAGAAAAGGAAAUAAAGAAGAAAGCCAAGAAAAAGUGGGCAGAGCAGCUUCUAAAGAUGCGCAGUCAGCGUGGGGCUCCCAGGGCACAAGAAGUCAGGAUCAUAUCCAAGUUAGCAAGCAGCGCAUCAGCGACCACCAGCCACCACCUCAGCUACGGUGGAGAAGCAACUCUCUCAAUAACGGCCAACCAAAAACCACGCGCGGCCAGGCAACCGCCUCCGCGGAGUCCCUAAACUCCCACAGCGGCCACCCCACCGCUGAUCUACAAACUUUCCAGGCCAAGCGUCACAUUCACCAACACCGUCAGCCUUACUGUAAUUAUAACACUGGAGGUCAGGUAGAGGGUAGCCCAGCCAGCUGCUGUCAAAAGCAGACUGACAAACCCAGCCACUGUAACCAGUUCGUGACACCUCCGAGGAUGAGGAGACAAUUCUCAGCACCCAAUCUCAAAGCAGGUCGAGAAACCACAGUCUAGGUAGUUUACUGGACAAACUUGAAGUUGUAGCAACGGAACCAGGCAGUGUUAAUGUUAGCUCAUGGGUUGAGUUGGUGCCUGCUAUAUGCAUUAUGAGUUUAAUGCUGUGUUCCUACAGAUACUAACUGGUCUUUAUUGUUAAAAUGUAAAACACUGGUAAAUGUUUCAAUGCCUCCCUGUGAUUGUGCAUUAUCAGUGGGCAGGUGCUAGAAUUGGGUAUAAAACAUCUAGGCCCUGUAUUUUUCUGAUAAUUUCCUCUAUGGUGCCUAGAUUAUUAAUGUACUUACACUGGCUUCUCUUGUUUUGGUGUAAGAUUUUUUUUUUUAAUAGUGCUUUGAUAUCCCAAAAGACCUGCCUCUUGUUUUAUGGAAAUGCUCAAAAGAAGAAUUUGAUAUAUAGAAGAAAUGCCUCUUAUUCCCCAAGCACCUUAGAAAUUGACUGAAAAACAACAUGCAACGAUGUGGAUACAGCUUUAGGCUUCGCCUUGGUGUCUGUUCUUUUCAUUAAAUAUUGUUGGCAGUUUUACAAGCAUAAAUCCAAGGUCUUCCGACAUGUUUUUUCUGCACAGCCUUGCAUCUUACAUGUCAUUAUCUUAGUCUACAUUUUUAAGGAACUGAGUCAGUAAUUUUUACUAUAUCAUAACAUAUAGAAAAUUUGUCAUAUCUCUAAAAUCUUUAAAUUGAUACUUUCUCAGUUUCGAUUUGGUUUGUAUUUUGAAGUUUACUGAGUAUUUCACUCAUAGCAUGAACUAUAUUUGCUAAAAUUAUGCCAAUAGAAAUACCAACAACAAUGUGUGCUCUGAGCAGUGUGUGUAAGUUUCUAAGAAGAUUAUUCAGUGCAAGAAGGCAGAGAUGGGGCAUGGCAAGAAGGCGGCUGAUAGACACCUCUUCACUGCCUUUUUCCAAAAACUGAAAUAAUAAAACCGAACUUUGGUUGAGUCUGGAGCCAUGUAUAUAGUAAACUGUUCCUUGGUCGACAGUUGUAAUACACACAGAUCCUCUAGCAAGGACAGCUAAGUCCUGCAAACAGUCACUCCUCUGUCAAUACCUCACUUCACCAUGCUGUGCUUGCAGUUUGCCUCGAUGGAGAAGCCUCUUUGAAUAAAAAAAGAAGAGGAAAAAAGGAAAAAGAAAAAAUAGAAAGACAAGGUGGAUUUUCAUGGAAGAAAAGAAUGGCUUUCUAUAUACUUCUUCAUCUCUUGUACUUGUCAGAAGCUAGAGAUGAUCAGAAUUGACAGUGCUGAAGAUUCCUAGGUCACACCAGGUCGUGCACCAAACAUCUGUGUUCCAGUGGUGUGAAAACUUGCAGCCAAGGUAGCAUAGCACUCAAGGAGGCCUUCAAGAGAGCAUAGCACUCAAGGAGGCCUUCAAGACUGUGAUUAUGUAUUUUUUUUCUGCUUUGUGUGUGGAUACUGUUUUAUUAGACACAUUAAUUUUAAUUGUAGUGGGCCUUUUCUCCUCUCUCUUUUAAGAAAAUGCUGUCUUAACGCACAGAAAAUUGCUUCCAACAUUUUUUUUUUCCUUAAAAAAAUUGGGGGAAGAUCCGUGUCCUUUCCUAGCUAGAACAGUUCUAGUCUUCAGUGACAGUUUAUAUGGCAGUUUCAACUUGGGCGAGUGAUGCCUGCUGUGUGUUGACUUCAUUGAGACGACAAUCUCUGUGCCAUUUGGUCUGAAUGUAUUCUUGGUAGGCUCAAGUCAGUCACUUCAGUGUGUCUGUGUAAAUCUUUCUUCUUCACACAUAAUUAUACUAUCUGGGUUUUUGUCAAAAAUUCAUUUUUUUGAAACUUAAAGUGUUAGUUACUUGGGUUCUAACUUGAAGGUAUUUCAGGUCCAUAGAGUCUCACUUUGUUACAGAUAAAUGCUUUCCUUUCCUAUUCAACACUAGCAGUAAAAGCUCACUCCUCGAUGCCAACAUUACAGUGAAAAGCUUUCCUGUACACAUGCGGGGGGCAUUUUGCCCCCAGGGAUAGUGCAAAGAAUCAGCUGUGUCCUUCUGCUAAUCCAGGUGCCCUGUAGUCCUGAAAUACCAACAGCUAAAGAAACCCUUGAUUUUCUAGGCAACCGGGAAAGAAAAUAAUUCACUGCUAGCAGUGUCCUUUCUUGCAUUUGAGAGCACUCACCUUAGAAAACUGUGUGUACAAAACAGCUUGUUAGACUCACUGAACAAGUAUAAAGCACCAUCAUGCUUUUGUGGGGUCUUACUCCUUUAUUAAGACAGCGCCUCCUCGAUUUGCCCACACUGGCCUCUAACUUGGAAUCCUUUUGCAUCAGCUUCCACAGUUGCUGGAGUUAGAGGUGUGUGUUAGCAGGCUCAGCUUGUCUUUUUGUUUGUUUGUUUUUUGGUUUUGUUUUAAUAUAGUGGUAUCUUCCCCCUCAGCUUAAACAAGACCAAAGAAAACUUGUCUUCAUUAAAUCAUUAUUUUAUUGUGAAAAUAUUCCUAGGUGUUAUCAUUGUGAAAUGGAGAGAAGUGUUCAUGCGUGGGAACUGGCAUUUAGGGCUGUAGUAGAGUCCUACUUUAUUGGAUAAGGUUUUCCAGACCAGACUGUAAUUCUAUGGACAGUUACAAAAUCUGGUUAAUAAAUUUAAACCAAAGGGCUUUUCCUCUACUCUUGCUUCUGAUCCUUCUAGCAUAGCAAAUUGUUUCUCCUUUCAUAGGUAACACAACACAUAGGAAUUGUUUAUUACAUUGAAGUGACUUGAACUGACCUUUUGUGCUUUAGAUGUAAGAUACUAAAAACAAAACACUGAGUCUGUUCCCGAGAUGCCUGACUUUGUAAAUGCUAUCAGAUUAUAGGCAGUUGCGUGGGCUUCCAGUGGUCACUGCUGUGGCGGGUGCCUUCCUGGUCCUUUGUUGACUUGCCUUAAUGAUUUACACAGAAGCCUGCGAGCAGAGGAAGCUUCCUGGGGCCCACUGCAGUGUGAUGAAGAUGUUUUAGGUUCAGUGUAAAACAAGCUUGUGUUCUGUACUGUUAGAGUCAGAUUCGUUACAAAUGAUUUUCAUACCUGUCUGAUUGAUGUCAUUUUAAACUCUGCUCUAGGUAGACUGAGUGUGGCCCACUUUAGGUUGUGAAAUGUAUCGUUUUUCCUAUUAUUACUGUAAAAAGAAGUUGUGAAUCUUCUUGUUGAUGAACUCUGAUUUCUCUCUCAAUUUCUUAAAACCAUGCUUGAAGAUUGUCUGGGUGUAAGACUGCGUUCUCAGAAAGGGAGAGUUAGUUUGUAAUAUUAAAGAAAUAAAAUCUUCCUGAAAUAA